CCCUACUAUGUGGCUGGUUGCUUUUCGAUGGUAGAUAGGAAAAAGCUUUGGAUAUUGCGAACGGAUCAAAGCGGUACUCCGCAUUUAACUCAGAUGGCCGUGUCAACUGUAUGGCGAUUUGAAGCAUGGAUAGCUACACCGGAGCGGUGGACUGAUGAAAGGUGGACAACCGCAUGGUCAAAUUUGCAGUGUGGGCACACUUCGCGUCCGGCGAUCAGCAUUAUGUUACAUACACAUACGGGCGCUUGGAUGUUCGUUAUGGUACCAUCCAUGCAUGAUUAGAUGCGCUGUGCUUAGUGUGAAGACUUGGAUCGCGAGUGUUGCAAAUGUUUCAUGAGAACCGCUACAGAUUGCGAGUGAGCAUAUAGGGCACAGCCAGUGGGUUUCUUCUAGUAUGGCAUAUACCCCGAACAACUAAUUUGUUCUUGUAUGCUAAAAAAAUCCAUUGAAGCAUUUAAGCCUGCCAAAAAUGCUUAAAUUAAUAGAGUGAUGAGUCGGCUGUCGUAUGAAGUGCCACGGUGGUGCCACCAUCCAAACACCUCGUUCAAUUCGAGAUUUUGCCGGAGGUAACU